AUGGAUCCUACGUCUGUGAAAAUCCGAGGCAAGCGUUACGCACAUGGGCAAAAACCGGCACAAGACUUGAGGAAGACACGGUCCAAGCUAAAGCCCAAGCGCAUUUCCGCGACUCCCCUCGUCCUGAAUGUAGAGAAGUCACAGGCCGCCGAAAGACAUCGGCAAUCGCUGUUGGAAGCUCUACCUCCUGAAUUGCUCCAGUACAUCUUCCGUCUCAGCGCCAACAACCUCGCGCUUCUAGCAGCUUCACUGCCUCUAAGCAAAAAGCUAUCAAACGAUGGCUUACAGUCAACAGUCUUCAUCGAUGUGUUCUCCAGACGGAUGCAACAGGCUGUAACUGGCAACGUGUCUUCAUUCCACCUUGGUUCCUCGACAGACGUCUCUGACUUGCAAGCAGCGCUAUUAAAUCUCAAAUGGCUAACGUAUCCUUGGAUCAUGGCUCUUCUAAAGCGCAACCCGCAAGCGUUCGUUUGUAUGAAGGAAGGGGAGCCUUAUCUCGACACUGUGCGGAUCCCAGUCAAAUUAUUACAACCGCCGUGGACAGAUGAUAAAUGUCGUUUCCUUGGCCUGCUCUUUCGCUCUGACGCCUACAUUGACAAAACCGACUCGACUGACUAUGAGAUCGCAUGCAAUAGCCUGACACAUGCGAUACUUGACAGUGAUGUGUCUGCUGUUCGGUCAUUACUUCCCGUUCCUCGCCUCGCUCGUAUUGACGGAUUACAAAAGGCGCCUGCUGCUGCUGGCGGGGUUCAGCCUACCUCAGAGCACCUUCAAACUGCAGUCUUGAGAGCCGGUUGCCAUCAUGAAAUAGUGGAAUGUCUACUGCGUGUUGAGUCGAGUGAUAUGGACCGGAGAGACAAGGCUGUUUGGGGUUGGGUUCAUCAGCGAAAAGGCCUAGGGGAUGAAAAGGGAGUAUGGUUGGAGUCGCUUUUAAAAGUCCGUGAGCAGUAA